AUGCGAUCCACCACUGGGAGGCAGCAACGGGCUAAAAACACAGAGCUGGAUGACAGUGAGAAAACAGGUAAACUUAGUCUAUGUAUUCCUUAUGUACUCCUUUUCCCGAUGUUUGAUUCAAUGUAAGAUGGUAUAAAUGUCAUUGGUCAUAGCAACAGGUCAUGAAAAGGUGAAAAAAAAUGAGGCCACUGUGUUUCCCAACAAGAGUAAAAGUUUUGACAAAAUUUAUGAGAAAAACAAUUGUAGUUCUGGUAAAGGACAGGAAAAUCAUGGGAGGUAAAGUAACUCAUCUUCAUGUUCUUCCUCAGGGAGCAGAGAGGAGAUGCUGCUGAUGUUAGUGUCCCUGCUCUGUUGUGUCUGCUCAGCAGAGACUUGUCUGCAGUGUGACAGCAAGAUCAGACUCCUCCAUGAAGAUUUCGCACUGUCUGCUUCAACUGUGGACGAUCAGAUAGAGCUGAAGAAGAUUUGUGACCAUGCUUAUGUGACCUACAGAGACACCAGCAGGCAUAGGAAGGGGGUCAUUGGUAGGAGUAAAGCCUAAUUUGAAAUAGUAUUACUGUAGGGUGUCGUGGUAAUUCUUAGAAAUCAACUUAUGGGUCAUAUCUUGUCAUUCAUUUACAUUAUACAUAAGUUCAAGUUUUUAAACCUACCUCAGUUUAAUUUUUCAAAGCACCGCUCAUACAAGCAUUGACAAUAACAGACAACAUGUUGCAAGAUUUAAAAUUUUACUGCACUAAAAUAAAAAGGUAAGGAAACAAGUCACAAAAAAUAUAGUCAAAAGUUUAAAAAAUUGAGUUAAUACUAGUUCAACCGAGGGUCUGGUAUUAAGGACCUUUAACACUUUGGCCAUCAUUUUAUUUCGGAUCAAAGUAUGAGUGAUUUGCUUGCGGUUCUACAGAUCCUACCACGCUGUACAGAGCCAGGACUGAGUACCAGAGUGAAUUUGACCACUUUUUGAAGAGCCAACACACAGGUAAGAAACCAAAUCAUACCUAUCAUGACAAAUUAUUCCAAAUAGAUGCACACAUGUUAGACUUUGAAUAAGAAAACAGUGUUGUCAUUAUAAUUUUUCUCUUAAUCAUCACCGUGAGAUUUUUAGUAUGACUUGGGGAUGAAACUUAAUGUUCAUCUUAUUUGAAGACAAAUCUUGUCCCUGUUUUUAAGGAUCUGUGACAUUUGAAGCCAUCAUGAUCAUGGAGAAGGGCAGGAGGAUCUUGGAGAGACACUUGGACACAUUCAUCCGUGAUGGUAGUAGACAUAAUAACGAUGAUUACUCUGCACAGUAUGAGGCAGAGCACUUUGCGUGAGUCACGACCUUGUACAAGAUGCAUUAUUUUCACGACAUUUGUUUGCCUGUCCCUCAGGAUUGUGCCCCAACAAGUGUGGUAAGUUUUUUCUGUCUGAUACCUUUCUCUGUAUUAAAUCCUUGUUGAUCCCCUGAAUGUAUGAACAUGUUUGCAGAGCACGUGUUGGUGCAUGUGUGUGUAUGUUUUGUGGUUUUCAGGGCUUUUGAGACGAAGAAUAAUGGAUUGCUUUUCUUGCCGCUACAAGAUAUACAUCUGUCCCUCUCCCACUGGCCAGCAGGAUUGUGGUGGUAUAUUUUUAGCUUUUUGUUUGUGUGUGUGUGUAUGGAUGUGCAUGUUGUAGCUGAGUGGGUGGGUGAGGGCUGGCUGUGCCUACUCAUUUUUAGUGGGAGUGCAUCACUGCAUGAGCAGCACAGGCUGUACAUGGAUGCACGCUGUCACGAGUGUGUAAAUGUGUUUCAAAGCGAGGCAGUGCUGCUGCCUGUCCAUGUGCAUGGCUAAUAAAAAAGAUUAUUCAAGUAAUCCUCAUGCGAAUGAAUGAAGUAUCUCUCUUUUUCUCUCCUCCCCCUCUUUCUACAGAGUACCCAGUGCAGGCUGAGGAGGGAGGCCAGGCUGUGUUGAAUUGUUUCCUGCCAUGGCAUCGUCUUCUCCUGAAAAGACCAGAGUACCAUUUUUCAUGGGCCCCUGGUGUUCCUGGAACUGAAAAGGUCCCUCUGCCAUCACUGGUUCCCUUUUGAGUGGAAAUUAGGAAGGAACGUAUCAGCAGUAGCUCAUGAUACUUUCCACUUUGCAGCCACUUUAUGCACUUCCUUAUCGCUGUUUAUAUGUCCUUUAUUUAUCUUCACAUCCUCAUUAUGGGACAUAUUUACUGUGUGACAGCUUCAGCACUUAGGUCUAACUUUUACUGUCAUCUGUGUGUGCAGCUGAGUGAGAGUGACUUCUGCACCUUGGUGGUGACAGAAGACUCAACUGUGAUCUUAAACCAGCUGCAUGUAAAUGAGCAGGGAACAUAUCGCUGCUCCUUGCAAGGCCGAAAUGGAACCAUCUUCUACAGAGUCACUUUCCUGCUCACUGGUAGAGUAAUGCUUUUGUGAUUUUGUAACUCUCUCCUCCCUGGUUUAAACAAGAAAUCACUCUCUCGCCUCCAACUAGUUCAGAAUGCAGCAGCUAGACUUUUAACUGGUUUUAGUCGACGGCAUCACAUCACCCCAAUUUUAGCCUCCCUUCACUGGCUCCCUGUCAGCUUUAGAAUUGAUUUUAAGAUUUUAUUGAUUACUUUUAAAGCGCUCAAAGGACUUACUCCGAGCAACAUUUCAGAGCUUUUAAUAUCUUAUGAGCCAACUGGCAGCCUCAGAUCCUCUGGCGAAGGCCUCCUGGUCGUUCCAAAGUCGAGGCUCAAGACUAAAGGGGAUAGAGCUUUCUCCAUCAGAGCUCCUCGACUUUGGAACGACCUGCCAGAGGAGAUAAGGCGCGCAGAGACAGUCGCUUCUUUUAAGUCAAUUUUAAAAACUCACUUUUACAGACUUGCCUUUAUGUGAUGCCAUCUUUCAUCUUUUAUUGCCUUUUACCGCUUUUAUUUUUCUCCUUUUUCUUUUACCUCUUUCACCUCUUUCUUAUUUAGACUUACUGCCUUUUUAGCCUUUGUUUUACUUAUAAUCUUUUUAUUGAUUUUAAUGUUUUCAUUUUCCUUUAUUUUAUAUAUAUAUAUUUAAUUCCACUUUAUCAUUUAUAUUACCAUCAUUUUAUUUUAUUAUGAUUUUAUUAUUAUUAUUAAUAUCCUCUUUCAUACUUACUAGCCUGUUCUCUUCCCUCCUUUUCUAUUUCUUUUUUUUUUUGCUUUUAUUUUGGUCCUCAUGGUCCCAUUUAUUUUGUAGGGUUCUUGUAUUGCCUGGGUUUCUUACGAAAAGUGAAACAGGCCUACAAUUCAGAGGCCUGUUUUUAACUGAGCUUUUGUUUUUAUGUGUUUUUAUUUUCAAUGUGCUGAUGCUCUGUGCUUACAACUGUUGUCUAAGCACUUUGUAAACUUCUGUUUUUAAAGGUGCUAUAUAAAUAAAAAUUAUUAUUAUUAUUAUUAUUAUUAUUAUUAUUAUUAUUCAUCAAACGUCAGAUCAUUUACCUCUAAAAGGGCAGGGUGACCUCACAUUUGAAUUGAUCUAGGAGUUCACAAAGCAGUUGCCAAGAAAGAGAUCAAGCUCUCCUACCAUUAUUCUUACUCAACACUCAACAGCACAAAUUCAAUAAAAAAUAGGUCCAUAAGGCAAAUCAGAGAGGCAAAACCAAAAGAUGGAGGCAGGUAGACAGUUUAGGGGAAAGGCUAGAAAGCUGGAUAUAAUACCACAGAAGUCAAUAAAUGAAUAUGUGUCGAAUGAGGGGGGUAAGCUGAAAGUUUGGAGUGAGAUAGGGAGGUUUAGGUGAAAGGUGAGACAGACUGCGAGGCAGGAAGAGACAGGAAGCCCAGUCCCAACCUCUGCACAAAUUCACUUAAAAAUCUCUUACUGCUGGGGGAGUGAGUGCUUUGUGCUAUCCCACAGUCAAAUCAUCAAGAUAAGUUUCUGACACAGACUGCACACCUGCUACAAACCUGCAUAUUGGCAGACUCUCCUGGGGUAUUUUUUUACAGCUCAUGGCAAACUUAGUGAUGUAAAGAAAGUCUACCACAGCCCAACUCGGCAAGAAAAUGCAUGUUUGUAUAUUAAUACAAUAUUUGAUGAUCUAAUAAUGGAUAAGACAGGGACAUUAUGGGUUUUCUGACCUAUGCCAGUUCGUAUGAAUGCUUUAAUAUAUUUGAUGGCUUUAUUUCAAACGUGUAAUAAAUUUGACAUGUAGGUAAAACAAUAAAAAAACAAGAAAGAAGAGAAAAGCGAAAGAAAAAAUCACAGUCAACACUGACACAACUCAUUUAACAUGUAGGAAACAGAGUUAAAUGGAGUACAGACGUAUUUAAUUCUUCUCCUUUGUUUGCAAGUAUGUAUCAAAUGCAGUUACUGGUACACACUGAAGGUCAGCUUUUUUCCUUCUUUGUUGUGACACAGCUUGUUUCCAGGCAAUGUGUAAUCUAGUGUGUGGACUCAUUCACUCAUGUGCCGGUUGUCUGAUGACGGAAAAGUCAGUCAAGGUUCAUUGCUUCAGCUUUAGAGAGGAGGAUUGGGAGUAGGCUGGUCAGAGAUAAGAUAGGUAACUACUAGAGAAAAUCUGCAGAGGUAUACCUGUUUUGAUUUAAGGGGCGGAUGUCUUCUGACUUUUUUUGUUUUCCUGUAGUUUUUAAAAUUUUUUCUGUGCUGCGGUGCCCCUUCCAUGUAGGUCAUAAGUCAAACUAAAUACUAUAAGAUCAAAAAAAAUAUCGUGGUUGUUUUGUUUUUUUUACCUCCGCCAAGGAGGUUAUGUUUUCAGUAGCGUUGGUUUGUUUGUUAGUUUGUUUGUCUGUUAGCAACUUUACGGAGAAAGUAACAGACGGAUUGAACUGGUCUCAGCCCCAGGAGGAUCCCAUUACAUUUUGGUGGUGAUCCGGAAUUUUUUGAAGGAUUCUUUAUCAUUGUGAGUUAGGGCAAAUUUUUGAAUUUUUGCAUUUAACUCUAUAAAAAUGGUCAGAGUCUUUAGUAAAAAAUGACACAAAGGAUCUCAAUGAGUUUUAUGAGGUGUCAAAGGUUGAUCCUGAUCCAGACAAAAUUCUGGAUACUGUGAUCCAGAACACACAAAAAUAAGGGUGUGGUUGGAAUUUUCAAUGCUGAAAGACAACCAAUGACGAUACAAGGAAGUGUACGCUUACAAAUAUUGCAUAAUAAAUCAUGCAUUUAUGUAUCUAAUAUGAGCUUUGUUGUUUUAGGAACAUUAUGAACAGUGAACAUACCAGUUUAAACACAAAUAAAAGUUAAUAAAAGACACGUAACAGUAAAAACUUUGGUGUGAAUCACAAUAUAAGGGGGGACAUGAGCUGCUUGGCGGAGGUCUGCGCUCUCCAAGUGCUUUUCUAGUUAGAGUAUAAGGACCAGCAAUGUUAUUCUUUCUAAAAUAAGAGUGAUUGAACUUUCCAUAACUUUAAGUGUCAGUUUCAGCUGGAUUCAAGAAUUUAUUCUGCUGUAUGUGUGCCAACCUGAAGGACCUUUGCUGUUUCACCACAUGUUAAAUGUGGUUUGGUUGGUUGAAGGGGUGGGACAUGGAUCCCACAGCCCCAAGAGCGGAUCUCCACAGUGCAGACUGCUGUUAAAAAAAGAUCCAAGACAUAGGCUUCCCAUAGGGGAUUGUUGCUUAACUUUUGUACAGCCGAAAGAGGGAGAGACUUUGCACUAAGUCCAUGGUUCCUCACUGCUUACUUUUUAACUUUUUAAAGCAAAUUUUGGAUUUUACCAGCAGUCAUGCUGGGUUUAAAAGUAUAGACAUGGCCCGUUGUUAGUGUUACAUACCAAGUCAAAGAUCCUCUGUCCAUCUGUUUGAAGAUUAUUUCAGAAUUAAAUAAGUUUAUCAUCAUAAUGUAAGUUUAAAAGUCUAACAUCCUGUCUCUAAUAUUAUCUCUGCCCCUCAUGCCUCUUUUCCACAGUUACCCCUUUGUCCAACCAGACUCAUCGACCUGUCGUCACUUUGCCCGCUCUGCCUCACGGGGACGACCACUCACGUCUUCUACCUAUAGAUGACCUGCUGGUACCAGCCAUUGCCACGGUUACCGCCCUCGGUCUGGCAGCGAGCGUAGGCCUCGCAGUCAUCCUGGGGUAAGAGAAAUUGAGUGGGUGGAGGGGACAAAGAGCGAGGGUGAGGGGGUAGCCGGAAAGGUGGGGGAGUGAAGAGUGACAGAACGGUCAGAAUGAGGCAAGAUGGAGGAAGCGGCUGUGUGGUCAUAGUAAAAAGAUUGACUCAUACUUUUGAGGCUUGGGUUUAUGUCACAUGAAGCAACAAUAGAUUGAAAAUAGAUUUAUUGUUUACAAUUGAGCUGAUUACAGCUGUUCCCUCGGCAAGUAUGUCUCUUCUUAGGGGAAAUGAUGUCAGUUACUGAAUACAACAGUUGACAAGUGUUAACUCAGAUUUCUAUUACGUAAAGGUCACACAAAGGCAGGUUAUUCAGGGUUUUUUGCCUGUUUUUGUAUUAAUACAGGACUCAAAUGAGUAAUUGCUGUGUUUGUGAUCCGUGUAGACUGCUGAUAUAUCAGAGGAAAGCCAUGAAGAGGUCAUGA